AUGUCGGGGUCUCGGGACGGCUGGUUGGGGUCUCGGGAUUGCUGGUCGGGGUCUCGGGACGGCUGGUCGGGGUCUCGGGAAGGCUCUCGGUACCACGGAGAGGACAUUGAGAGGUUCCGCAAUCAACUGUCAGCCUAUCCUGAUUCAUCACUGAGGAGCAUACAUGAGUAUUACAAUGAUGAUCUGACCAACAUCCUGGAGAACGUAAAUACUCACGCCGUCCUCGGUGAACUAAAAUCCCGAAAUGUCCUAAAUGCAGAGAAAUACCUGCCAAAUAAACAAAAUGCAAGUGACUUCUCUCAGACCUUGUUACAAGAUAUUCUGGAACUGGGAAGAGGAGCUGUGAUUGGACUCUGGGAAUGUCUCUAUGCGCUCCAAAAAGAUCAUCCCCAUCCUAAUUUAUUGGCGGUUCUGGACGAGAUUCGCCAGGAAGGUGAGCGUCUGGUGGAUCAGAUUCUGCUGGAUGAACACGGACAUUCACUGACUCCGGAGCUGAGAGAUAUUCAGAUGGAGCACAAACAACAUCUGAUGGAGAAAACCCAAACUCUAGUGGAGCAUAAACCCCCAGGAACUACCCUGGAACCGCAAAAAUUCCUCAUCAAUGAGCGUUAUGUGAACCUGAUUGUAGUCUCCACCCAACAGUUCAGGCAACGUCCCCAGAAUGAGCUAAUACAGAUUGGAGUAAAACUUGAGAAACAUUUGAAGGAAACACAAACUGGACUAGAACACAUUACCCCCAAUAGGCUGUUCAGAUGGAGCCACCAGUCACAAUGUGCACCACAUGCAGUAAUGGUGAGCGGAGUGCCAGGAAUAGGGAAGACCACACUGAUACAGAAGUUUGUCUAUGACUGGGUGACCGGAAAACACUACCAGAGAUUUGCUUUUCUCUUCUUCUUCAGAUUCCGGGACCUUAAUAGACUGGGAGAGGUCAGCUUGGAGGAGAUGAUUCUUCAACAAUAUCCGUACCUGAGGAGUCAGAUUGGAGAUAUUUUACAUCAUCCAGAGAGACUUCUGUUCAUAUUUGAUGGCUUAGAUGAAAGUGUUCACCAAAUGGAUUUCAGAUCAAGCACACUGUGCACUGAUCCAAAAUUAAGGAAAGAUUAUAGCAGUAUUGUGUCCAAUUUGGUAAGACAGAAUCUUCUUAAGGGUUGCUCUGUACUGAUCACCAGCCGCCCAACCAGACUGGCCUCAGUUGAUACUGGUGUCUUCCAGAGAAUAGCUGACAUCAUGGGAUUUCUCCCCAGAGACAGAUUGAUCUAUUUUGAAUAUUACUUUGAAAAUGCGGAAUUGUCAGAAAAGGCUUUUCAUUAUGUGCAGGAGAAUGACACGCUGUACACUUUCUGUUAUAUCCCAUCAUACUGCUGGAUCAUCUGUACAGUGUUAUCAAUGUGCUUCAGAGCCCAACCAACAAACACUGAUCAGCUGAUGACAUCAUUGCCCAAAACAGUGACACAACUCUUUGUGACUUUUGUCUCCAACAUUCUGGCCAAUCACUGCCAGAAUAAAUAUGAUGGUCACCCUGCCCGGGAAGUGCUGACAUCUAUUGGGUGGAUGGCAGAACAUGGAGUCAUGAAUCACAUGAUUGUAUUUGAUGAGCGUCAUCUGGACUCAUUCAGUGUGAGAAAUGAUAAACAUCUCUUUUCAUGUUUAAUGAUGGAAUCUGGUCAGCCUCCUGAUGUGGAUUACACCUUCUUACAUCUCACUCUUCAGGAGUUUUUUGCUGCUUUAGUCCAUUUUACUAACUAUAAUCCGGACACAUUACAGGAAACACUUGAUGAAGCUGAAUCUUACAAAGAUGGCCGUGCUGAAAUCUUUCUCCGUUUCCUCUGCGGUCUCUCCGACUCUUCUACUAGAUCCAUGUUAAAGUCUCAUGUGGGAGAAUUGUCUACUCCGGCUGCCAGACAUGUCAUCACCUGGAUCCAGAAGAAAAUUACAGAAGAACAAAGACCAGACAAAUCUACACAAGACAAGAGAGUGCUUCUUAAUGUAUUCUUCUCUCUUUAUGAGAGCAGGAAUACGGCUCUGGUGUCACAAUGUGUUGGAUCAAAGAAAGUUGACUUUUCCGAUGUCCCUCUCAGCCCUCUGGACUGCUCUGUGCUGUCUUUUAUCCUUCAAUCCUGCAGAGACACAGAAGAAAUAAACUUAACCAAAUGUAAUAUUCAGAGUGAAGGACUGAAGAAACUUAUACCAGCUCUACGCACUAGCAAGACUUUGAGAAAACUUUAUUGCCAAGCUGAAGACACGACGGAGGAACCGAAAGAAUGCCAUGAAGAAUGCCAUUUGGGCGAAUGCCGCAUCCAGCUUGUAAUGCUGGACAAAGGUAUUCCAGGAGCGCCCCUGGCAGUGCUACAGAUGUCUUCGAGUCACACCUUGGCAUACGAAGCCCAGGAAGCUGAUACACCCCUAGCAGAAUGGGCCUACACUUUAGCCGGAGGAGUUAAGCCCUGCUUGGUGUAUGUUGAUGUAAUGCUGGACAAAGGUAUUCCAGGAGCGCCCCCUGGCAGUGCUACAGAUGUCUUCGAGUCACACCUUGGCAUACGAAGCCCAGGAAGCUGA